GAGCUUGAAACCCAUCAAACUCAAGCCACAACUACCUAUCCAUAAACUUUCAUUGUACUGUUGUUUCUUUCAAAACUUUUUAUUUCAUUUCUUUAAUGGCUGCUUCAACAAUGGCUCUGUCUUCACCAUCUUUUGCCGGAAAGGCAGUAAAACUUUCUCCAUCCACCCCGGAACUUCUUGGCGGUGGAAGGAUCACCAUGAGAAAGACUACCAGGCCAGUCCCAUCCGGAAGCGCAUGGUACGGCCCAAACCGAGUCUUGUAUUUGGGCCCACUCUCUGGUGAGCCUCCAUCCUACCUCACUGGUGAAUUCCCAGGUGACUAUGGUUGGGACACCGCUGGACUAUCGGCAGACCCAGAAACAUUUGCCAAGAACCGUGAACUCGAGGUGAUCCACUCCAGAUGGGCCAUGCUUGGAGCUCUUGGGUGUGUAUUCCCUGAGCUCUUGGCCCGCAACGGUGUCAAGUUCGGUGAGGCUGUGUGGUUCAAGGCUGGAGCCCAAAUCUUUAGCGAGGGUGGACUCGACUACUUGGGCAACCCCAGCUUGAUCCAUGCCCAAAGCAUUCUGGCCAUCUGGGCUACACAAGUCAUAUUGAUGGGUGCGGUUGAGGGCUACCGUAUUGCCGGUGGGCCGCUCGGUGAGGUGACCGACCCACUCUACCCCGGUGGAAGCUUUGACCCAUUGGGCCUUGCUGAUGAUCCAGAGGCUUUUGCUGAACUUAAAGUAAAGGAAAUCAAGAAUGGCAGACUUGCCAUGUUCUCCAUGUUUGGGUUCUUUGUUCAGGCAAUUGUGACCGGAAAAGGCCCAUUGGAGAACCUCGCAGACCACCUUGCUGACCCAGUUAACAACAAUGCCUGGGCAUAUGCCACAAACUUUGUCCCCGGAAAGUAAGAGAAAAAGAAAAAGUCGGAGCUCAUGAAGUGGGAAAUUAAUUAAUUUAAUUCCAGAAGAAUCUGAGACUAGUGUGCCAUGUAAAUUGAUGUGGAUGAAAUCUGAAAAUCUGAAUUUUGUGCACUACUAUCUGAGUGAAUGUUCCUAAUUAUUUUAAAUUUUACUUUUUUCAUCUUCUUGCCCUCAA